AUGGAGUGGCAACAUGGUGGUGGUUGUGGUGUUGGUUAUGGAGGUGGUAGUGGAUGUGGAGGUUUUGGUGGAUGUGGAGGUUUUGGAAGAGGAGGUGGUGGUGGUGGUGGUGGUGGUGGUGGAGGUGGAGGUGGAGGUGGAGGUGGAGGAGGUGGUGGUGAAGGUGGUGGAGGAGGUGGUGGUUGUGGUGGUGGGGGCAGAUGA